AUGGCAAAGGUGUUGGGUACCGCUUUGGCUUUGCUGGGCUUCGUGGAGGCCCAGCAGCCCCGUGAUGAUGUUCAGAAGGCCUUUGACCAGUUCUUGAAGGACUUCCAGAAGGAUUAUGACGACAUCGAGAAGCAGGCUCGCUUCGCUGCUUUCGCCAAGAACUUUGAAUACAUCGCUGAGGAGAAUGCCAAGGGCUACUCCUACAAGCUCGGCCUCAACGAGUUUUCGGACAUGACGAUGGAUGAGUUCAAGAUGAGCAAGCUGGGCCUUGCCCCACCCGUCUGGGGGAGCCUCCCAAGCCUGGGCACGCACCAGGUGGGCAAUUCCACAGCCCCGACGUCCGUGGAUUGGCGUGGAAAGGCAGUGACGCCGGUCAAGAACCAGAAGCAGUGCGGUUCAUGCUGGGCUUUCUCGACCACCGGAGCUUUGGAGGGCGCCUGGGCGAUUGCCACGGGCAAGCUCGUGUCCCUCUCUGAGCAGCAGUUGGUGGACUGCUCCAAGAAGUUCGGCAACCAAGGUUGCAGCGGUGGGCUCAUGGACAACGGCUUCAAAUACGAGGAGCAAGCCCCCGUCUGCACCGAGGACAGUUACCCCUACCUUGCCAAGAACGGCAUCUGCAAGGCUUCCGGCUGCACCGUGGGAAUCCCGGCCCACGGCGUAACCGGAUACAAGGAUGUCAAGGUCGAUGACGAGCAGGCCCUUAUGGACGCCGUCUCCAAGCAGCCGGUCUCGGUUGCCAUUGAGGCCGACCAGAUGGCUUUCCAGAUGUACAAGAGCGGGGUCCUCACCAAGACCUGCGGCACGAAGCUUGACCAUGGUGUCUUGGUGGUGGGCUAUGGCACCGAGGAUGGCACGGACUAUUGGCUCGUGAAGAACUCCUGGGGCUCCACCUGGGGCAUGGACGGAUUUGUGAAGCUCGAGCGAGGAAAGCCGGGCCCCGGCGAGUGCGGGAUCAAGUCUCAAGCCUCCUACCCGGUCGUCUCGGGAAAGCCCGGCCCUUCGCCUUCCCCGUCGCCACCUUCCCCCCCCUCACCGACCCCAAGCAAGUCGCACUACGAGAAGCCGCCCUGCCAGAGCGACGAGGCCCAGGCCGAGGUGGAGGGUGCUGGUGGCAGCGUCUGUGCUCCGCACUGUGACUCCGGCUCAUGCCCAAGCGACACUCCCGAGGGAACCACGGCCAAGCCCAUGUGCAUCCUCCAGGACAGCAGCUCGGGAAGCAAGUACUGUGCCUCAGCGGCAGAAAGCGCACUGGCCUGCAUCCUCGGUGGCUGUCCUGAGGGCUCCAAGUGCCACCCAGCCGAACGGGUCGAGGCGUCCACCUCUCCAGUCUGCUGGGAAUUUGCGUCUACCCCGACGCCGAGGAUCCCUUUCGUUAACAGCCGCUUCUGGAAGACUUGGAUUUUUCACGACGGGGAAAGCACGACAGCUACCCUCUCCCAGUUGGCAUCGCCGGGAACGCAAGGCCCGAUCUCGGGCCAGACUAAGGGGGCGGCGACUGCCAAGCCGGCGAAGGGACGAGGCAAAGGUUCCGACGCCAAUGUGCAAACUUCGAAGGUGGAGUUUGCACUUCCGCAGGCUAUGGUCACAUCCCUACAGGCCAUUACCUCGCGAUCUACGCAAGAGUUGUGGAACAACCCAGUCUCCAUUAUGGGAGACAUGUCAGUCGAACAACAGGCGCAGAGGCGAGCAGCUGCAAUGGGCAAGCUGUCAAAACGGCUUCAGGGGGAUAUCCGUGCGAAGGAGGAGCUCCGUGUAUCCCUGCUUCAGUGGCUUGGCACUCUGGGUUUGCACCUUGCAGGCCUUGCUCAACGAGCCAAGGCGUUAGGAGACAAGGUCGACGAGGACCUGACGGAGGCUUGCAGAGAAAUGAGAGCCGCCCUGGCUAUGCAGGCCUCCAGUGCCACCGAGGAGCAGGUCUCUGCAGCACAAGCGGAGAUCGGAAGACCGAUCUGGAAUGGCUGGCAAGAGCAGGAAAUUUACAGGAUUGUGGCGGCAAUGAGGGCCUUCAGUGUUGUAGAUGUGUCUGCUUCGCUGGUCGCGGCCGGGGGACCCACACUUCUUCUGCCGAGUGCCGAUGCCCCGUCUCGUGGGCCGGACCCACUGCAGAAUUGGAGCAGCCAGGGACACGCAGGCGACGGCUCGGUAGCCAGUUUCGGCCACGGACUUUCUGCAUCAAUGAUGGAAGAUCAUGGAGCUGGCAGCUUUCCUGUGCCAUCGGAUGCUCGGCCGGAUAUGGCGCGGCGGGCCGGCUUCCCGCCUACAUUACCAGCGGAAGAUGGGCAGGACCCAACCCUCGAGGCUCCUUCCAGGGGCUCAGCUGGCGAUGGUUCCACGAGGAUGACUCGAUGGAAGCGCAGUCGGGGUGGCGAUGGGUCUCGCCCAUCCAAGAGUCCGCGGCGUUCCGAGCCGUUGGAGACUCCGUGGCCGAGGAUGGCCACAGGUGCCACCCCGGACACUGCCCGGCGAGAAGCCGUCACUGUGGUUCAGUCUGCACCUUUAGUUGCUUCUGGCGAUGGUUCUGCACUUGUUGGCGAAGUGAUGCGGGAUUCCAUGCAGGACGAGGUUAUGCCACUACAGGAUGCCACAGAACUGCGUUCGGAUGUUCUGGUUGCAGCAGAGGAGCUAUGGCAGGCACUGGUGCUGUAUCGGGAUGGGGACGGGGAAGGGGCUUUCCCCUCUCUAUGCCUUCGCCUACAGGAUAUACUCAACCAGCUUCGCAUGUGCCCGAGCUCGCUCAGUGGGGUUCGACAGGGCGUGAUUCUGCUGGCCCAAGUUACUGUGGGAAAUAUUUUGGACCCAUAUUCCUUUGCGCCGUCUACGGCACAGGAGUGGCUUUUUCCCGCCGCCAUUGUGGAACACGGCAGUUUGCUCAGGGGCCACCUCCCUACGGAGAUCUCGGCGAGACCGGAGGUUCAGGUGUUACUCGCCAGACGAUGUCCAGUUUUCUGGGAGGCCGACGAUGGCAUUGCGGAGCUCUUCUGCCAGCCGGUUUUCACUACCAGUAGUGUCGGCGAGGUGGCCCGCACCAGUGAGGUCCCAGUUGACUUGCGUCCGAUGGGUGGCCGCAUCAUGCUUCUCACCACUGGUCGCUGCGCGUCUUGUGGGGAUAUCGCCGAGGUUUGGCCGAUAAACCAGGCAGCGAUCACGUCCUUGGAUUUAGAGGACGUGAUGGGAGUGGUUGACUUGCGACCUUCUGGAGGUGGUGUCUAUGUCAUCCAGAUCCAUGCAGGGUCGACUCCGGCUGAGCGCAUUGCUGUUGCGGUUAACGACACACCCAUGUUGCCGCUGGAUAUCGAGAUCCUGGUCUUCCUCCGGAGGAUUUGUUUCCUUAUUGAUGGCGAUGCCCCGCCCGUUGCUUAUCGUGAGCGACUGCUGGAAAUCAAGGCUGCCCUGGAUCGUGGGUCUUGUAUUCCUUGGGAGCCUCAGCCGUUAGAUAGGAGCCAGCCCGGUCCCUCCGCCUUGUCUGCGCUUCAGGCUUUGUGCCCCGGACAGAGCUUCCAGAUUGCUGAUGGUGCACGGACUCCUAUCCGCGAUGGUGAUGUCCCGCAGCAUACGCUUACACCUCUUGCUGAGGAUUUCCAGCAGCAUGUGUAUGUUGUCUCGGUUGACUUAGGCCGCAGCACCUUGGUUGUCGCUCUGGUUGACCUUGCCGAUUCUGUAAUGGACCCGGUCAUCCAUGUCCUUGGCGGGGAUGGGCCACAUGAGCUUGAUUGUGAGGUCCUUCGUGAGCCCUGGCGCCCUGCGUCAUUGUUCUGGAAUGAAGUCUUGUCGCGCGGACCUGCCUGUGUUGCUUGUUGGUCGGCUUCUACGAGCGCUCCUCACGGCGGGCCACCAGUGCGGCAUGUCACUCUGGGGCUCGAUGUUUGCCGGGCUCUGGGCACUGGUUGGAGGGCCCCUAUUAUCAGCCAGAUCCCUAAAUAUGAUCUUGUCCAGGGUGCUGUGCGGCAAGGCAUUACAUGGAGUGCUAGCCGUGCUGCGGGGGUUGGCCACGAUGCUUCCACGCAAACUGUCGCUUCGCAUUGGCCGAUGCAUGCAUCGCCCUUAUUCUCGGCCGCGAUGCCGGUUCCACGCCGUGCCGAUGGUUGCUCCUUCAACAGUCGCUAUGGCUCGGAAGGCACUUUGUUCCAUUUGGAAUGUCCGCAGAUGCAUGUACGGUGCACUAUCCCGUGCGUUACCGGACGCCACAUCUGGGCCUUGCGUUUGGGUAACUGGGUGCAUGCGGCCUGUACCUCUCAGCUUGGCUGGGAUGAGGUUCUCGAAGUCGCAGGGCUGUCACUCUGGGAUCUACCCGGCACGAGCAUUCACGGACCUGACCAGGUCUGGACGUGGCCUGAUGAUGUACGGACGUUGUCCGGUCAGUGCGGUCAUGUCAUGCAUGAAGGCAGUGAUCCGUGUUUGGAAUGCCUCGAUUUUGAUGAUGGCGCCUCUCCAGCUUCCGGUCCUCCCGGCCCUCCCUCGCGCAGUGCUGCGAGCCGUUCCCCAAGCAUGAUCGGCUUUGCCUUUUUGCUGGCUGUACCUGAUUGGCACCUUCGCAUACUUGUUGCCGCUUCUUUUAUGUUCCCCGGCUCCUCUUCUACCGAAGCCGACUCAGACUCUGGCGACAGGUUGGAACUGAACAGCUCAGGUGGGCCGGAUGAGGUAGAGGAUGACAUGCAUCCCCCGCACGGUGCUCCCACCCGGACGUGUACUGUCGCCUGGUGCCAUGAGCUCUCGUGUCAGAGCACACACUUCUCGGUUUCUCCCCUUGCACUAGCCGAGUAUUUUAAUAGCCAUGCGCCGGUUGAGACUGUCCGUGUUCAGCUCUGGCUUCCCUUUCAGGGUCCUGCACUCUUCGACUUUGCGCGAGGGUCGGCUGCCUCGGUGCUGGAGGCCAAGCUUGCUGCAGCGGGGCAUGAUCCACGACAUCAUGCCUUGCUUGUUGCCUACGAUACCCAGGCUACGGUUGUGGAUCUUCUUGCUGUCCCUCCUGGUGGUAGUAAAUGGUGGAUUGUUAGGGAUGGUUUGUCACGUGAACUCCUCCGACCUGUCACCACUUGGGUUGACGACCACCGCAGAGCCGUCGUCACCAUCAACUCACAUGGUCAGGUAGCCAGUUUAGUCGCCACCCCCGAAGUUGCAGGAAUGUACCAAUUACCACAUGGAGCGCGCGGUAAUGUUGCUACUCCGCUGACCCGGGUUUACGGUUACCUUGCAGAAUCAGGUCUCGUCUUGGCCGAAGCGAGCAUUGGGGUCUCGUUUGCUGCAUCUUUGUUGCCUGGUCGUUUGGGAUUUGUCUUGGCCCUUGUAUUGGGUCAUCUCCCGUUCUGUCACGCUAUGAUGCAGGAUCAGGUGAUAAUCACGCGGUCGCAGGCCGCUUGGGGUGCUCCCGCCGGUUUGCCUCGACGGACUUGGGUCUGGACACAUACUCUCGCGGCUCCCGUUGUCGUUCCGUUUGCUGAUCCUCCUGACCCGGAGGGCAUGGCUGCCGCUGUUGCCUCCACUUGUCGGGGUGUUCAUUCUGGUGGUCUCUUUGCUUGGACUAACCCUCGUCAGUGGGGUGAUGCUGCUCAUGUCAUUCAUUAUCCUGCCGGUGUUUGCCCUCCAUGUGUGUUCUGGCUGAUGCAUUAUCGCGGUCGAGGCGCUGUCGUAUGUGCCACUCCAGGCCCGUUAGACUGGACGUACCUCGCUCAGGAGGCUGCUGAGUCUUUUGGUUCCCCGAGCUUCCUACAAGGCACUUUCGGCUUCCAGCACAAUGGACGGAUACUCUCGUUCGGCUCUGACUUGGUGGCUCCACCUCACGGUACCAUCUUGCACAUUGUCCGUACAGGCAGCCGCCCAUCUUCGAGCGUUACUGCCAAUGUCUGGGAUGCCCCGGCUGAUCUGCCUUGGGUGCCUCAGUUCGACUACCACAUAUGUCGAGGGCCCCGCGGGGAAUCACCUAUCUGUUCCCCUCCUACUGCACAGCCGCAGACACCAGCCGCCAAUGCCCUUCGUGAAGACCUGCAGGCUUCGGUCUCGUAUUUUCAGCACUUGUUGGGUGGUUUGGAGCAAUCGGUUGAGAGGUGUCAGGCGGUUGCGACCAGGCUUGAAGCACAGGACUCUCAUGAAGAUGUUGAGGCUCCCACGCCCACGGCUACAAUCGAAUCUGCUUCGGAUGCCGUUGUGGGUACCGUUCAGCUAGUGCAAACUGCUCGUUUCCUCACCGGAUGGGACCUCAAUCAGAUUCGUGUCCCUCCCAGCCUGCAAGCGAGAGCCCGGGUCACUGAGGAGGCUCUUCUUCUUCGUGACGGGGACUUGCUGGAUGCCAUGUCCCAAGUUGCUGAUGCUGGCAGAUAUAUUAUUCGGAGCCCUUCCGAGGUUAAGGAUCACGUUCUGUGGUCGAGGGUCAUGGUCAUCCAGCGUCCGAUGCAUGUGCGUCUUUGGUCCCCUGACCUCCGGCCUCCGAUUUUGACAUGCUUGCCGGCGGGCACACUAUGGGAUCCCGAGUCGUUGACCUUCUCCGGUGAGUUCAUGACCAACUUUCCGGGAGGUUGGGUUCCUGCCCCAUGGACCCCGUGCCGAGUGCCACAACUUGUUCGUGCUGCUGAGGACCCGGACACAGCUAAUGUCUUGUAUGAAGAUGCUGAUGGGGUACGCUGUCUCAAUAUUGAGAGAUUUGCUACACCGCGCGACCUGGUGGAGGGCACCCAGGCCCCCCUCUGCCUCCGCGAUGGGGAUGUUGUGGUGUCUGGACCUUUGCGACGUUCUGAGGAUUCAGCUUGGCCAGACCUUCAUGAUGCGGUUCUUGCCAUGACGGAGGGCGACGGCCGAUUUAGCCCUGAUCGGUCUAGGUUGGCACAGGUGGUUGGGUUAAUGUUUGGGGCACCUCUGCCACUGGAGCUAGCUAUUGCAACCGUCGACGAAGCGCAUAUCCUUUUGGUUAACCCGCAUGAUAUUGCGGCCACACGUUGCUGCCGGCUCCUCCUACAUCCCGAUGCUACCCGCGAGGCGGCUAACUUACUCCCUGAUGGUUGGCAGCUGCGACCUGAUAUUGAGGCCCGCGUGGUUCAACACUGGCCCAGGAACGGGGAUGUCUUCAUACCGAAGUUGAUCGGAAGGCUCUUCCUUUCCGGUGUCCUCCCCAAUAGCCUGGCGACAGGUGGCAGGUCCCUGGGCACUCGUCUUCUUAUACUCCUGGCGACUGCUACUGUCACUUCUGCGGUUGAGAUUGAUCCAUCGGAUGAGCACUCCGAGCCCCUGCAGUGGUCUGUUCCAUCUGGUGGUCCUCAUGUGAUGCAACAGAGGACACUCCCCUGGGGCGCAAUUCUCGCUGCGGGCAUGUUUGCACCGCCCUUGGAGCAGCAACAGUUGCAGGCAGUCCCGGUUGGGAAAUUUCCCUGGCGGUUGCCACCGCAUGAACGCACCUGUCAUGAAUCCGUGUUGUCGGCUAACCCUGCCCGUCUUCUUUCCCCGUUUACUGGUCUAAGCGGUGAAACCACCCUCACCCCCGACACGUUGGUUGAAGAAGCCCGGAUUGCGCUGUCGGGGGAGGAGCCUUACUGGUACCGUGAGGUCAUGCCGUUGUGGCCAGCUCUCUGGCAGCAAACUCUGGUCUUUGUCCCUGUUCCAACUGGUGGAGAACUUGUUUGUGUGGCUGUGGUCUCGCCUGAAUGGCAAAUUGCUGUCCUUCUGCCGAGACGGGCGGAUGUUGAAUGGGUGUUGGCCCACCUUCGGCGCCUGACGCCCGGUCCUCUCGUGUCUAUACGUCCUCCCCCGGCAACACAGACGGAUGGACAAUCUGCCCGAGGAGCAGUUGACUGGCGCUCUGGCGAUGUGCUUCUUGCCUUUCAGCGUGGCGGACAGGCACAUAUGUAUGGGCCCCCUGUCUUUGUGUCGCCCGAGCAUGUGCGCUAUUCAGCGAUCUGGAGUUAUGACUUCAUUGUGCAAUGCGAACUGCCCUUGCUGGUGUGCCGAGCUGGACGUCGGCCAUCGGGGACCACCAUGCCCCCACCAUCGCGCUGGGUCGCUGAUGAAGGUGCCUUCACUGGCAGGUUCCGUGUCAAAUUCCCUGGACGAUGGGUUCCCGUUCCUUGGGCUUACUCUGACUCGGUUACGUUAUGCCAGCGCGCCGACGCGCCGGAUUCAUGCAAUAUCCUGUUGGAACGGUGCGAAGGCACUAGUCUCUCCUUCGAGUGCCGUACGGUUGCUACUGCUGCAACCAGGUACUCCCUGGCUCAGAUUGCUCAGGUUGACCCUGGACAAGUCUCUCUGUUGGGACAAGGCGUCGAUCUUGAGGACUUUCCACCUCUGCGUGAUGGUGAUAUCGUCCACUACACUGUGCCGGUCGCAGCCAACCACAAUUGGCGUGCCACCCCAAGCUGGAUUUGUAUAUGGUUUGGCAUGCGGGUCUUCCAGAUGGGGUUGUCUGUUGUCUCUGUUGAGCUUUGCCAGCGGGUCAUGGCCGCACUACUCCGGUAA